AGCCGCUGCCACAACAAAAGCAGAGAACGACUAUGAUGAUGAGGGGCCUGCACAAGAAGCGCCACUAUGAUCACCAGCCGCAACAGGCUUGGCCCAUGAUGCGGUGCGAUGAAGACGACAUCGCAGACCACCCUUGCAAACAAGCGAAACGCGGAAACGAUGGAGGUGCGAUGAACCCGUCUGCACACAUCCACACAGCCGUGUCCGCCGCACAGCCCAUGGGUGUACAGCAACCAACACACGGAUUUUCAUCUCGUUGCUUCCACCACAACUUGCAGCAGCAACACUCGCCACAACAACCAUUGUUACAGCAACAACAGCAUGAGGCACAGAACGACACCAUCCCUAACGAACUCGUCAUGCUUGAUCUGGCGCGGCAGGAGCAGCAGUGGCGCGAGAAGCUGAGCCGCCUGACCGAAGAUGCAUUGGAGCGCGAGCUCGAGCAGUACAGGCAAUUCCUCGCUCAACGACAACAACAGGAGGAGAUGAUCAAGCACAUGCAAAUGCAGCAGGAACAACAGCAGUGGCAAUUGCAACAACAGCAGCAACAACAGCAACAACAACAACAACAACAGCUGUCGUUUUGUGCCCCAGCACAGCAAUUUCAGAUGCACCAGCAGGCCAUGUUCCCUUGAGUUGCCCUUCUCCCACUGCCUCCAUUUCUCUCUCCGCUCAUGGCUCUCAGUAGUGCUCGUGUUAUGUGCAUGCAUAGGUGUGCUGGGAGCAUAAUCGCUCGACUGUGGCGUGAGUUGUUAUCGCGCUGCGCUCUCUGUGUCUUCUUCUCUGCUCUGUCUCUCUUCUUCUCUCCUUUUCCUUUAGUCAACUUGCGUUUCUUGGUCUGUGUUGUGGCGGUGUGGUGUUGUCACUGACGUCAUAUCAAGUCGAGAAGCAAGCGUCGCCUGGUGUCCGGUUCCACUCGAUUACAUAUCCCACUAUGAUGACUCCCACUCCUUACAAAGCGCGCAACAAUGAAC